AUGCCCCGACCACUAAGAGAAACAUACGGCGGUGCUAAGCCCCCUUAUUCUUACAUAAGUCUAACGGCUAUGGCAAUUCAAAGCUCACCCCAAAAGAUGUUACCGUUGUGUGACAUCUACAAAUUCAUAAUGUCCCGGUUUCCGUAUUACCGCAAGAACGCCCGUAAAUGGCAAAACUCGCUCCGCCAUAAUCUUUCCUUCAACGAUUGCUUCGUUAGGGUUCCCAGAAGACAAGACUCUCCCAGAGAUGAGGUUGGGCCCACUAUUCCGUCCGCAAAUAUUGGGGCUGGUAGCGGAAGCAAAGGGAGCUAUUGGGCUCUUCACCCAAAGUGCGGCAAUAUGUUCGAGAACGGAAGCUUUUUACGAAGGCGAAAACGUUUUAAAUUCGGUGCCAAAGGUAAUACGGUGGAUAAAAUGGAUUCAUUUGUUCCAAUUUCAACCGCAAAUAAAAUUAACAUUCCCACGUAUUUUAGCGAUUUGACGGAUAAUUUUAUCAAAAUAAAAUCGAACGUAAAUACUAUUUCAACGAUUAAAGAUUUGAACUCGAUAACUAAAACAUUACCUGGAGAGGAAUAUUGCCAAGCAACUGGUCACCCUUAUCUUAGCUGUGUGCCUUAUUAUUGUUAUUGCUACUUAAAUGAAUUACCAAGACUUUACCAGCCACCUCAUCAAACACCAUCUCAGUCAUCUUUGACUAACAAUUUAUUGGAAAAAGAAUACUGGAGGAAUUCGAACCAAAGCCGGUAUCUUGCCCGUCAAUUGUCUCAUACAAAAGCCCCAUCAAUGUUAAGCGACGCUAAUUAUAAAAACGAUCGCAAAACAAAAUAUAUCCGCAAUGUGGCUAAAGGGAGAUGUUAUACCAACUUACAUAUCCAACAAAAUCAGAGUCCUUAUUCUCAUAAUCGUAGUUCACAUUCCAUUACUCAUUUAUCAUCAUCUAACCACGAUAGCAAGAAUGCUGACUGCCGCAGAGAAAACCAUUUAUUGAAGGUAUCAAAAGUAACGUUGUCAACUUUAAAAAACGAUCACACUCCAAGUCAAAGGCAUGACGAAGGCCAUAAUGUUAUCAAACAGAGUUUAGGCUUCUCCAUCGAGAGCAUCAUUAAAACCGAACCGUCUUCGAAACGAUCUUUGUCGCCUACCGCUGAUAGGCUCGAAGAUAACAGAUUUCAUCAUACGCCCAACUUUCAAUCCUUUAAUACUUUACCCCUUUAUCACUUAGCCCCUUGGUCUGAUCCUUCUACCUCUGAAGCUUUACAUUGUAAUCCAUUGCCAUUCAAAUACGAUUCGAGUCGGCCGGACAAACCUUCGAACAUUUCACAUUUUUCAAUCGAUUCCUUAAUACAGAACCGCAUAGCAUCUUAA